AUGCUGCGAGUUCACUCAGUGUCUGGGGACGUCCUUGUGACGAUUGAGCUGGCAGUCUUUCUGGAACCACUCGCUGCAGGAAGCUCUCCCGUCCGGGCCCUGAAGCAACUCUUACACAGCUGGUGUGGGCAGCCAAGAUUCCGGCAACGACUGUUCCUGGACGACGGUGUAUUGUUGGCUGAGAACGACGACCACAGCUUGAGACCCGGCUCAGCUCAGCUCGUCCUUCUAAAUUUCGGCUCCACUUCCCAAGCAGAGAUACAAGAGCUUCGGCAUGCCGCAGAACAGGGCCGGACAUCAGCUGUAGAGGCAAUUCUGCACAGGCCACAAGAUCCAGAUCUAGGUCAUCCAACCCCAUUGUACAUCGCAUCCGAAAGUGGCUGCCUAGAGGUGUUGCGUCUCUUGUUGGAGGCCAAGGCUGACAAGGACAAGCCUGCGAACAGUAGCCUAACCCCUUUGUGUGUUGCUGCUUGGUGCGGGCAGUUGGAGGUUGUGCGUAUCUUGCUGGAGGCCAAGGCUGACAAGCACAAGAAGAUGGAUGACGGUGGCACCCCCCUAACCCUCGCAUCUUAUGAAGGGCAGUUGGAGGUGGUGCACUUUCUGUUGGAAGCCAAUGCUGACAAGGACAUGGCGAUGGAUGACGGCCGCACGCCGCUGUUUCUUUCAUCGAAGCAAGGGCAUUUGGAGGUUGUGCGCCUGUUGUUGGAGGCUAGGGCGGACCAUGACAAGGCGCUGGAUGAUGGUCGCACCCCUUUGUUCGCUGCAGUUCACAAAGGCGGGCAGUUAGCGAUCGCACAGGUUUUGUUGGAGGCAAAGGCUGACAAGGACAAGACCACGACCAAUGGUGCAACCCCUUUGCUCUAUGCGGUUGUGGCAGGACAGUUUGAAUUUGUGCGUCUCUUGCUGGAGGCCAAGGCCGACCAGGAUAAGGUUGGUCGUGAUUUCGUCACCCCUCUGUACUAUGCGGCCCGCGAAGGCCAGUUGGAGAUCACACGUCUUUUGCUGGAGGCCAAGGCUGACAAGGAUAAGGACCUUGGCAUUGGCCGCACCCCUUUGUGCAUUGCAGCUUACCGUGGGAAAUUGGAGGUUGUGCGUGUCUUGCUGGACGCCGAGGAUGACAACAACAACAUAAAUGUCGUGCUUGCUCUAUGCAGUGCAGCUGAGAACGGGCAGUUGGAAGUUGUGCGUUUCUUGCUGCAGGCCGGCGCCGAUGCCGAUGCCUGCAUCAAUAGCGCUGAAGCUGUGUAUCUGGCCGCGGCAGCUGGCUGCUUGGAGGUGGCGCGUCUCUUAUUGGAGGCCAAGGCUGACAAGGACAAACCCACGAGCAACGGCUUGACCCCUUUAUGUGAUGCAGCUCGGCAUGGGCAGUUGGAGGUUGUGCGCUUGUUGUUGGAGGCCGGGGCUGACAAGGACAUGGCCAGUGACGACGGCGCCACCCCUCUGUUACUUGCAGCUCAGAAAGGGCAGUUGGAGAUCGUGCGUUUACUGUUGGAGGCCAAGGCAGACAAGGAUAAAGGGGCGGCGGAUGAUGGCGCUGCGCCUCUAAUAGUUGCAGCUGUGAACGGGCACUUGGAAGUUGUGUGCCUUUUGUUACAGGCGCAGGCUGACAAGGACAAAGCCACAAACCACAGCGCCACCCCUGGGUUCGCUGCAGCUCAGCAACGCAAUUCUGACGUUGUGCACCUAUUGCUGGAAGCCAAGGCUGACAAGGACAACGGCGCGAUUCAUGGAGCCAUGCUUUUGUUCGCUGCAGCUCAGCACGGGCAGUUGAAGGUUGUGCGCCUUUUGUUGGAGGCCAAAGCUCUACAAGACCAGGGUGAGGAUAAUGGACCUGUGUUCGUUGUUGCGGCUCAGCCAGGAGAGUUGGAGGUUGCGCAUGUGUUGUCGGAGGUCGAGACGGAUAACGGCACAACUAUGGAUUUCGGCGCAGCCUCUAUGCGCAGUGCGGUGUUCAUGGCAGUUUGCACGGGCAGUUGGCUGUUGCUCGCAUCUUUCUGGAGGCCAAAGUUGACAAAGAAAAUGCCAUGA